AUAUCGUGCAAAUUUCAAUCUCUCUCGCUCCUCUCUACUGACCGUCGCAAAAGUAGCGGAGAGACAGAAAAGAGAGACAGAGAGAGAGAGAGAGAGAGAUAGAAGAGAAGAGAGUGUACUGUACGUGCGAAAGAUAGAUAGAGUGGGAGAGAAGAAAGAAAGAGAGAGAGAGAGAGAGGGUGAUGAAGUGGGAGAAAGCGAGAACGAUAUGGUGAGGAAUGACUGCGUUGGAGUGCGUGAAACGAGGUACGAAAGUGGUCGUGCGCGGGAAUCGGCAGUUGUGUAUAUAUUUGCCGCUUUAUGCUUGUGAUUUUCAUCGAUAUACCUUAAUCGCCGGUGUGAAACGUGUGCUUUUUUUAAUUCCUGAACGGAGAAUCGUCGUAUAUGCGAGUGAAUACGAAGAGAAAAGGUACGGAAGAAUACAUAAUUACACGAUACAAUGGCAACUUUGGCUGAGCAAGCAUCUAAAUUAUUGGACUUCAAUCAGAAAUUGGAUAUAACACUUCUUGACAAUAUAGUAGGAUGUAUGUAUACUGGAAUAGGUGAGCAACAAAGAGUUGCUCAAGAAGUGUUGACAACUCUCAAGGAACAUCCAAAUGCUUGGACACGGGUAGAUACUAUUCUAGAAUAUUCACAGAAUCAACAAACAAAAUAUUAUGGAUUGCAAAUAUUGGAGCAAGUUAUAAAGACACGAUGGAAAGUAUUACCGAGAAAUCAGUGCGAAGGUAUAAAAAAGUAUAUUGUAGGCCUUAUUAUAAAGACUAGCAGUGAUCCUGAGACGAUGGAAGCUUCCAAAGUUUACCUUAACAAACUCAAUAUGAUUCUUGUGCAAGUAUUGAAACGUGAAUGGCCGAAAAAUUGGGAAUCUUUUAUUAGUGAUAUUGUUGGCGCGAGUAAAACUAAUGAGAGUCUCUGUCAAAACAACAUGGCUAUUUUAAAACUUUUGUCAGAGGAAGUAUUUGAUUUUUCUAGUGGCCAAAUGACUCAGACAAAAGCAAAACAUUUAAAGGAUACAAUGUGCAGUGAAUUUUCACAGAUAUUCCAGCUUUGCCAAUUUGUCAUGGAUAAUUCGCAAAAUGUUCCAUUAGUAGCAGUCACGUUAGAGACGCUACUAAGGUUUUUGAAUUGGAUACCUCUUGGAUAUAUUUUUGAAACUAAAUUGAUAACUACUUUAAUAUUCAAGUUUUUGAAUGUACCAAUAUUCCGGAAUGUUACUCUAAAAUGUCUAACAGAAAUCGCGGCCGUUGUCGCUACUGUACCGAAUUAUGAUGACAUGUUUGUUAUAUUAUUUAUCAAUACAAUGCAGCAAUUGGAAUUAAUGCUUCCAUUGGAAACUAAUAUACGCGAAGCAUAUGCAGCUGGCCAAGACCAAGAGCAAAAUUUUAUCCAAAAUCUAGCUAUGUUUCUUUGUACUUAUCUCAAAGAUCAUGGCGAGCUAAUAGAGAAGAAGCAAUUAAAUGAAACGCUAGUGAAGGCAUUGCAUUACCUUGUUCUAAUAUCUGAAGUCGAGGAGGUUGAAAUAUUUAAAAUCUGUUUAGAAUACUGGAAUGGAUUAGCUGCCGAUUUGUAUAAAGAAAAUCCUUUUGUUACCUCUUCGCCACUUUUCAUGUCUAAGAACAUGACGGUUCCUCCUCGGAGAUUAUUUUACGGUCCAGUUUUAACAAAAGUACGAUAUAUCAUGAUCAGUAGAAUGGCAAAACCCGAAGAAGUACUUGUCGUAGAGAAUGAAAAUGGAGAGGUUGUCAGGGAAUUCAUGAAAGAUACCGACUCUAUAAAUCUCUAUAAAAAUAUGAGAGAAACUCUUGUGUAUCUUACUCAUCUCGAUUAUUUGGAUACAGAAAGAGUAAUGACAGAGAAAUUACAAAACCAAGUUAAUGGUACAGAGUGGUCCUGGAAGAAUCUCAACACGUUAUGCUGGGCAAUAGGCAGUAUUUCAGGCGCUAUGCACGAAGAAGACGAGAAACGUUUUUUAGUAACUGUAAUCAAGGAUUUACUUGGUUUGUGUGAACAAAAGAAGGGAAAAGAUAACAAAGCUAUAAUUGCUAGCAAUAUUAUGUAUGUUGUUGGCCAGUAUCCCCGAUUUCUCCGAGCUCAUUGGAAAUUUUUAAAGACUGUUGUAAAUAAACUUUUUGAGUUCAUGCAUGAAACGCACGAUGGAGUGCAAGAUAUGGCCUGCGACACUUUUAUUAAAAUAGCAUUAAAGUGCAGACGACAUUUUGUUACUAUACAAAUUGGAGAAGCAAUGCCGUUUAUUGAAGAAAUUCUUUCCACAAUUAGUACCAUCAUAUGCGAUCUUCAAACACAACAAGUACAUACAUUCUAUGAAGCAGUUGGAUAUAUGAUAAGUGCUCAAGCUGAUACUGUAAUACAAGAACAAUUGAUUGAAAAAUAUAUGCUUCUUCCUAAUCAAGUUUGGGACGACAUUAUAAGUCAAGCAUCUAAAAAUGUGGAUGUCUUAAAGGACCAAGAGGCCGUGAAACAACUUGCCAGCAUCUUAAAAACAAAUGUUAGAGCUUGCAAAGCUCUUGGACAUCCAUACGUGAUACAAUUAGGAAAAAUAUACUUAGAUAUGUUGAAUGUUUAUAAGGUUAUGAGUGAAAAUAUAAGUGCUGCGAUAUCUGUAAAUGGUGAAAUAGUAAUGAAGCAACCUUUAAUCAAGAGUAUGAGAGUAGUAAAAAAGGAAACAUUGAAAUUAAUAUCAGAUUGGGUGAGCAGAACGAAUGAUCAUCAAAUGGUGUUGGAAAACUUUAUACCGCCAUUGUUGGACGCCGUUUUGUUAGAUUAUCAAAAGACGAAUGUUCAUUGUGCUAGAGAGCCCGAAGUGCUUAGUGCUAUGGCCACCAUAGUGAAUAAACUAGAAGCUCAUAUCACUAGCGAAGUGCCCAAAAUAUUCGAUGCAGUAUUUGAAUGUACUUUAGAAAUGAUAAACAAAGACUUCGAAGAAUUUCCUGAACAUAGAACAAACUUUUUCCUUCUCUUACAAGCGGUGAACGUUCAUUGUUUCCCUGCAUUUCUUUCAAUUCCACCAGCCCAGUUUAAGCUGGUUCUUGAUUCAAUUAUUUGGGCUUUUAAACAUACAAUGAGGAAUGUAGCAGAUACAGGAUUACAAAUUCUUUAUCAACUUCUGUUAAACAUUGAACAGCAUGAGCAAGCGGGUCAAAGUUUUUACCAAACAUAUUUUACAGAUAUCCUACAACAUAUAUUUAGUGUUGUCACGGAUACAUCGCAUACAGCAGGCCUUACAAUGCACGCUACAAUUCUUGCUUAUAUGUUUACACUGAUUGAACGUGGGAAAAUCCAGGUGCCACUUGGCCCUGUACCUGAUAAUACUUUAUAUAUACAAGAAUUUGUUGCAAGAUUGCUUAGAGCAGCUUUUCCGCAUUUAACUGAUAAUCAGAUUAAAAUAACUGUGCAAGGUUUAUUCCAUCUUAAUCAGGAUAUCACUGCGUUUAAGGAGCAUCUAAGAGAUUUUCUUGUGCAAAUCAAAGAAUACACGGGUCAGGACGAUUCCGAGCUUUAUUUGGAGGAACGAGAAACAGCUUUACGGCUAGCCCAAGAAGAGAAGAGGCGGCAGCAAAUGGCCGUUCCAGGCAUUCUUAAUCCUCAUGAAAUGCCAGAAGAAAUGCAGGACUGAAUUAACCAUAGUCCGUAUCCUAUCAUUUUAUGCACAUUUGAUGAAAAACACUCUGUUAAAGGAAUUCUUGUAUCCUUUGAGCUGUAAUUAUCCCUGCGACAUCACUGUCAUCACCAUCAUCAAAAAUAGAUAAAAUAUUAAUUACUUACUAAAAUCAAGUCUGCAAAAAUAUACCCUUGUUAAGGAGGUAAACCCGAAACGUGGUGACUGUUUGUUUGUCUGUUAUAGGAUUUUAAAGAAAUUCGAAUUUCUGUUGUGGAUAUAAUGGGACAAUUGCCUGCUAACGAUGCUAUUUCAUGUAAUGAGAUAAAAAGAAUUGCUUCUCUCAAAGAGAAUCGAUUAUUAAGGAACCGAGAUAUCUAGGAUAUAUAAAACUUUUACAGAUUAAUUCCCAUUAAUCAGAAUUAUAAAAAUGGUGAAUAUGGCAAAAGCAACGUUACCAUUCUUCAGAAUUAUC